AUGCGGGCGCACACCUCUGAACGGCAGCUCCUGAAAAGAACCUGGCUGUCAAACCCGCCCCGCCCCGCCCCGCCCCGCCUCUUCCCCAGCCUGGAGCCUGGCUCUGAAGGCUGCUCUGGGACUGAGAGACCGACAGACCGAGGGCUGUUGGACUGAGGGCUCCCAAUGGCCUCACCGGGACAACCCUGCACCGACCUGCGGGUCUGGAACCAGACACAGCAGGAACCUGUGACCCAUCACUUGCUCAGCCUGUGCUUCCUGAGAACAGCCGGGAGCUGGGCGCCCCCCAUGUACCUCUGGGUCCUCGGCCCCAUCUACCUUUUCUACAUUCAUCGCCAUGGCAGGUGCUACCCGAUGUCCUACCUCUUCAAAGUCAAAAUGGUGCUUGGCUUCGCUCUCAUACUUCUACACACCUUCAACGUGGCCAUGCCCCUGUGGAGGAUCCGGCAGGGGAUGCCCCAGGCACCAGAGCUUCUCAUUCACCCUACCGUGUGGCUCACCACCAUGAGCUUUGCCACCUUCCUGAUUCACGUGGAGAGAAAGAAGGGAGUUCGGGCUUCCGGGGUGUUAUUUGGAUACUGGCUGCUCUGCUGUCUCUUGCCAGCUAUCAAUGCGGCCCAGCAGGCCACUGCAGGGAACUUCCACCAUGAGCCCCUCCACCCCUUGGCCACCUACCUGUGCUUGUUCCUGGUGGUGGCAGAGUUCAUGCUGUCCUGUCUGGUGGACCAGCCACCCUUCUUCUCAGAAGACUCCCAGCCAUUGCCAUUUAGCAAAAUCUUCCUCAGCUCGUUUCCCUCCAAGGCCAUGUUCUGGUGGGCUUCUGGGCUGCUGUGGAGGGGCUACAGGAAGCUGCUGGGACCAAAAGACCUCUGGUCACUUGGAAGAGAAAACUCUUCAGAGGAACUCGUUUCCCAGCUGGAGAGGGAAUGGAGGAGGAACUGCGGUGUGCUGCUGGGGCACUCCAAGUUGUUUAAGAGCAAAGGACUCAGUGCUGCUGCAGCCCCUGAGACAGAGGCCUUCCUGCAGCCAGAGAGGAGGCCGCGGGGCCCUCUGCUCAGGGCUAUCUGGCGUGUGUUCCGAUCCACCUUCCUGCUGGGGACCGUCAGCCUGGUCAUCAGUGACGCCUUCAGGUUCGCUGUCCCCAAGCUCCUCAGCUUAUUCCUGGAGUUCAUGGGUGAUCGUGACUCCCCGGCUUGGGUGGGCUGGCUCCUGGCUGUGCUGAUGUUCUUGUCAGCCUGCCUACAGACCCUGUUUGAGCAGCAGCACAUGUACAGGGUCAAGGUCCUGCAGAUGAGGCUGCGAACAGCCAUCACCGGUCUGGUGUACAGAAAGGUCCUGGUUCUGUCCAGUGGUUCCAGAAAGUCCAGCGCAGCAGGGGACGUGGUCAACCUGGUGUCAGUGGACAUCCAGCGGCUGACGGAGAGCGUCCUCUACCUCAAUGCUCUGUGGCUGCUCUUCCUCUGGAUCAGCAUCUGCUUUGUCUACCUGUGGCAGCUCCUUGGACCCUCUGCCCUCACAGCCAUUGCCGUCUUCCUGAGCCUCCUCCCUCUGAAUUUCUUCAUUACCAAGAAAAGGAGCUACCAUCAGGAAGAACAGAUGAGGCAGAAAGCCUCCCGAGCACGGCUCACCAGCUCCAUACUCAGAACUGUAAGAACCAUCAAGUCCCAUGGCUGGGAGCAAGCCUUCCUCGAGAGACUCCUCCAUAUUCGGGGCCAGGAGCUAGGCACUCUGAAGAUUUCCACCCUCCUCUUCUCUGUGUCUCUCGUGUCCUUCCAAGUGUCUACAUUUCUGGUGGCGCUGGUUGUGUUUGCUGUCCACACCCUGGUGGCAGAGGACAACGCCAUGGAUGCAGAGAAGGCUUUUGUGACCCUCACAGUGCUCAGCAUCCUUAACAAAGCCCAGGCCUUCCUGCCCUUCUCUGUACACUGCAUUGUUCAGGCUCGAGUGUCCUUCGACCGGCUGGCUGCCUUCCUAUGUCUGGAAGAAGUAGACCCCAAUGGCAUAGACUCAAGUCCCUCCAGAUGCUCCUCAAAAGAUCAAAUCUCUGUACACAAUGGCACUUUUGCUUGGUCCCAGGAGAGCCCUCCCUGCCUGCACGGGAUCAACCUCACCGUGCCCCAGGGCUGUCUGCUGGCUGUUGUGGGCCCAGUGGGGGCUGGGAAGUCCUCCCUGCUGUCUGCCCUGCUCGGGGAGCUGUUGAAGGUAGAAGGGUCUGUGAGCAUUGAGGGUUCCGUGGCCUACGUGCCCCAGGAGGCCUGGGUCCAGAAUACCUCAGUGGUGGAGAAUGUGUGCUUCAGGCAGGAGCUGGACCUGCCCUGGUUGCAGAAAGUUCUGGAAGCCUGUGCUCUGGAGUCUGAUGUGGCCAGCUUCCCUGCAGGAGUCCACAGCCCAAUAGGGGAGCAGGGCAUGAAUCUUUCUGGGGGCCUGAAGCAGCGACUGAGCUUGGCUCGGGCUGUGUACAGAAAGGCUGCUGUGUACCUUCUGGAUGAUCCCCUGGCGGCCCUGGAUGCCCAUGUCAGCCAGCAUGUCUUCAAACAGGUCAUUGGACCCAGUGGACUCCUUCAGGGUACGACUCGGAUCCUUGUGACGCACACGCUACACGUCCUGCCCCAGGCUGACCAGAUCCUGGUGCUGGUCAAUGGGGCCAUCACAGAGAUGGGCUCUUACCAGGACCUUCUGAACAGAAACGGAGCCCUAGUGGGACUUCUGGAUGGAGCCAGACAGCACGCAGGAGGAGGAGAAGGUACACAUGCUGAGGCUGCCAGUGAUGACCUUGGAGGUUUUCUUGGAAGUGGGAGGCCCAAGAGCAGACCAGAAAGGCUCAGGCCCAUCGAGUCAGCCGCUAUGAAGGACAGAACCACUUCAGAGGCACAGACAGAGCCUUCUCUGGAUGACCCUAAGGGGACAGGAUUGACAACAGAAGAGGACAGCGUGCAGUAUGGCCGGGUGAAGACCACCACGUACCUGAGCUACCUGAAGGCGGUGGGCACACCCCUGUGCACCUACACCCUGUUUCUCUUCUUCUGCCAGCAAGUGGCGUCCUUCUGCCAGGGCUACUGGCUGAGCCUCUGGGCUGAUGACCCGGUCGUGGACGGACGGCAGAAGCAUGCAGCCCUGCGUGGCUGGGUCUUUGGACUCCUGGGCUGUCUCCAAGCCAUCGGACUGUUUGCCUCCAUGGCUGCGGUGUUCCUGGGAGGGGUUCGAGCCUCCGCUCUGCUUUUCCGGAGCCUCCUGUGGGAUGUAGCUCGCUGUCCCAUCGGCUUCUUCGAGUGCACGCCUGUCGGGAGACUGCUGAACCGCUUCUCCAAGGAGACGGACACGGUGGAUGUGGGCAUCCCGGACAAGCUGAGGUCGCUGCUGACCUAUGCCUUCGGCCUCCUGGAGGUCGGCCUAGCGGUGUCAAUGGCCACACCUCUGGCCAUGGUGGCCAUCUUGCCGCUCAUGCUCCUCUAUGCCGGGUUUCAGAGCCUUUAUGUGGCCACAUCUUGCCAACUGAGAUGCCUGGAGUCAUCCAGCUACUCAUCUGUGUGUUCCCAUAUGGCUGAGACCUUCCAGGGCAGUCCGGUAGUCAGGGCCUUCCAGGCCCAGGGACCCUUCACGGCACAGCACGACGCCCUUAUGGAUGAGAACCAGAGGGUCAGUUUUCCCCGACUGGUGGCUGACAGGUGGUUGGCUGCCAACCUGGAGCUCCUGGGGAAUAGCCUGGUGUUCGUGGCCACUCUGUGUGCUGUGCUGAGCAAGGCUCACCUGAGUGCCGGCCUCGUGGGCUUCUCAGUCUCAGCUGCCCUCCAGGUGACACAGACCCUGCAGUGGGUGGUCCGCAGCUGGACAGAUCUGGAGAACAGCAUGGUGGCGGUGGAGCGCGUGCAGGACUACACCCACAUCCCCAAAGAGGCUCCCUGGAGGCUGUCUACCUGUGCAGCCCAGCCUCUCUGGCCUACUCGGGGACAGAUUGAGUUCCGGGACUUUGGGCUCAGACACCAACCAGAGCUGCCGCUGGCUGUGCAGGGUGUGUCCCUGAAGAUCCAUGCAGGAGAGAAGGUGGGCAUCGUGGGCAGGACAGGGGCCGGGAAGUCCUCCCUGGCUUGGGGCCUGCUGAGGCUUCAGGAGGCUGCUGAGGGUAAUAUCUGGAUUGACGGGGUCCCCAUCACCCAUGUGGGACUGCACACGCUGCGGUCCCGAAUCACCAUCAUCCCUCAGGACCCUGUCCUGUUCCCAGGCUCUCUACGCAUGAACCUGGACCUGCUUCAGGAACACACAGAUGAAGACAUCUGGGCAGCGCUGGAGACGGUGCAGCUCAAGGCCUUUGUGGUCAGCCUGCCUGGCCAGCUGCAGUAUGAGUGUGUGGGCCAGGGAGAUGACCUGAGCGUGGGUCAAAAGCAGCUCCUAUGUCUGGCACGUGCCCUUCUCCGGAAAACCCAGAUCCUCAUCCUGGACGAGGCCACUGCCUCCGUGGACCCAGGGACAGAGAUGCAGAUGCAGGCGGCCCUGGAGCACUGGUUUGCUCGGUGCACAGUACUGCUCAUUGCUCACCGCUUGCGCUCUGUAAUGGACUGUGCCAGGGUUGUGGUCAUGGAUGAGGGACAGGUGGCAGAGAGUGGCAGCCCAGCCCAGUUGCUGGCCCAGAAAGGCCUGUUUUACAGGCUAGCCCAGGAGUCAGGCCUUGCUUGA